AUGAAUAGUAUUGCUCAAAGAUUUUCACAUUCCCAAAACAAUGAUAUUCUUAAAGAAUUAAAUUCUGUUAAUGAAUCACGUACACCAACAUCAGCAUCUCAAUUAGAAUUAGCACCAUCAAUUGCAGUUCCACCAAUUUCUCAACCAACUGAAUUUUUACGUGCUCAUACUGAUGAUUCAGCUAAUCCAGAUUGUAAGAUUAAAAUUGCUCAUGGUACAACUACAUUAGCAUUUAGAUUUCAAGGAGGAAUUAUUGUAGCUGUUGAUUCUCGAGCUACUGCAGGAAAUUGGAUUGCUUCACAAACAGUUAAUAAAGUUAUUCGAAUUAAUCCAUUUUUGUUAGGUACUAUGGCUGGUGGUGCUGCUGAUUGUCAAUAUUGGGAAACUUGGUUAGGUACACAAUGUAGAUUACAUGAAUUAAGAGAAAAGGAAAGAAUUUCAGUUGCUGCUGCUUCUAAAAUUUUAAGUAAUUUAGUUUAUCAAUAUAAAGGUAUGGGAUUAAGUAUGGGUACUAUGGUUUGUGGUCAUACUGCUAAAGAAGGUCCAACUAUUUAUUAUGUUGAUAGUGAUGGUACCAGAUUAAAAGGUGAUGUAUUUUGUGUUGGUUCUGGUCAAACUUUUGCAUAUGGGGUAUUGGAUACCGAAUAUAAAUGGGAUUUAACUGUUGAAGAAGCUUUGUAUUUAGGUAAGAGAAGUAUAUUGGCUGCCACUCAUAGAGACGCUUAUUCCGGUGGUUCUAUUAACUUGUACCAUGUUACUGAACAAGGUUGGACUUAUCAUGGUAACUAUAACGUCGGUGAUCUUUUCUGGGAAAUCAAAGAAAAAGAACAAUCUUUUGUUAACGUUGAUGGAUAG